AUGCCCCCCGACAGGCCCACACACCCCCGGAGGGCGCCCACACCCAGAUCCCGCAGCCGGACGGACCGCCCGACCAACGCCCUCAACUCAGCCCUCCGCGGAGCCUCCCUUGGCACCGGCCCCUCAGGCCUGCCGUUCUCCCAGGACCCAACCCUAACCCUAGGUGGCGUGUUCGGGACCCGGCCCCCCGAGGCCUGGCACCCGAUUCCUGCCAGGCAGGGCAGCCUCAGGCGGACGGCCGGCCUCAGCCUCCCAGCCGGGAGCCAACGCUGUCCUUGGGUGCAGUCUCCGACCCUCGCAGGGCUAGAAACCAGCAUGCUCCCUGGAGGCCGUGCCCGCUCCCUGGGCCCCUGCGGGCCCCAAACGCAGGGAGCCAGGAGCCUCCCGAGUCCCGCCCUCCACUCAGGCCUCGGGGGAGGCCAUGAGUGUGUUGCCCGAUCCGACGUGCCUGCCGGAACCGGACCCGAAGCCCAGCUUGGGUGCUCGGGCUUCCGUCCGCCGAGGCCUGCUUCCCCAACUCUCCAGGCGGGGGAGCCCCGAGCCUCAGGCCACAAUUGCAUCUCCACGGAGGAGGAGAGCCUCCUCUUUGAAACGAGCCGAAUCCGCGGAGCGGGAGACCCCUGCAUGCAUCCCGUGGGCCACCUCCCCGGUCGGCGCCCACCCGGACCAGGAACCGGGAGGCUGACGAUCCUGCAGACGCAAGCCCUCAACUCAGCCUGCGGGAGAGGCCACGUCAGCGCGGGCAGCUCGGGCCUGCCAGGCCCCGUCGGCCUAACCCUAACCCUAGGCCGGUUCCUCAGCCUUGCGGCCCCGGUGGCCUGGCCCGGCAGCCCUGCGGUCCGGGGACUCCUUAUGGACCCCGUCGGACUCUGGGGGCCCCCCACGUGGAAACCGGGCCCUUGGGCCCCGAGGAGGACCCUCCUGGCGGGCGAAACCUACAUGCCCCCCGAC